AUGCUGCGCUACCUUCUUCCUGCCCUGGCCGCGACGGCGGUCCUAGCCAAGACUGACCAAGAGGGCUGCACGUCCUUCACAUCGACCGUCACCACUGUGAUCUGGUAUGUCCCCAAUACGCUCAAAAUAUACAGAGGUGUCAACUGCGGCGGCAGUCGCGCGCCGCCUCGUAAGGUUCCUGGCUGUCCAGCAUAUCCCAGCACCAACACCGUCACCACGAGUUUCCUCGCCACCAACCCAGCCGCCAGACCAACGGCCACACCUACGUCUCUAGCUACAAGAACGCUGGAGACCACCCCAACCGCCAAGCUCACCCUCGUGAUGCCCAUGUCUACAGGAGAGAGCGUGCCCACAGGCCAAGGGAGCAGCGCAUCAGAGGGCAAUAGCACGAUAACGGCUACUGAUCUUGCUGCGACUGCUACCACCCUAGCAACAGACACAAGCGGCACUCAGAGCAGAACAGAGGCGGUUUCGACCACCGGGGUUCCAGCGGGGGCGGGGCCAACAGCUCGAGCGGGUGUGGCGGCAGUUCUCGGUCUUGCUGUCGCCGUUAUAGCGAUUGCUUGAACCCCAAAGAUGCCAAGUUGAAAUAUGAGGAAUAGCAAGCUGGUUACUUAAGCGAUGACUAGGCAUGCCAAACGAGCGAUCAAAAACACCAUGCUCUGGGAUCCAAAACAGAAUAUUUCUGGCGCGGAACAGUACCCUGUAGUUCCCGCCGGUAUUGACAAUGGCUUGUGCUUCGUCUGCAACAGGUCUUGAUACACUUGGCAGAAUGUCUACGCGUAGCAUGUGCCCGGCGUUAUGGUGCCAACUUGGGCUUAACUUAAUGUUUAGACAAUACACAAGAUGAACUUUUGUCAAUGCUCCGCAGUUAAACGCCUGAUACUUUAAAGCUGCUGUGACCAAUUCCCCAAGGCCCCGAAUUGCUGUCUCCGACCUGACGAAUCCGACAACUGAACUCGAUCUGCAUUGCAGAACCC